ACGUUGACUUGGAUUUUGAGCCUGGUCAUGGCUGCUUCGGAAUUUUACAGUGACACACGGCUAUCUUACAGUUCUCAAGAGGAAUUCCUUUCUUACCUUGAACAUUAUCAGCUCACGGUUCCUGUCCGAGUGGACCACAACGGAGAUUUCCUCAACUACAGUGGAAAAAGCCACAGACAUUCAAGGCGAAGGAGAAGUUCAGAUCCUGCCCCUCAUGAUCCAAAUGAAUCUAAAUUAUUUUACAGACUGUCCGCCUAUGGAAAGCACUUUCAAUUAAACUUGACUUUAAAUACUAAUUUAAUCUCCAGACAUUUUAUUGUAGAGUAUUGGGGGAAAGAUGGUCCAGAAUGGAAACACGAAUUUAUUGAUAACUGCCAUUACGUUGGAUAUGUACAAAAUGAGUACAGUACCACGAAAGUGGCUUUAAGCAACUGUAAUGGUUUGCAUGGUGUCAUUGUAACAGAAGAAGAUCAGUAUUUUAUUGAGCCACUACAGAAUAUAUCUGUGAAGAAUGCCAGUGACUUCACUCUUGGUGAAGACCAUCCUCAUGUUGUUUACAAGCUAUCUUCGAUCCGGCAAAAGCAUCACACCAAGGCUUCGAACUGUGGAGUUGCAGAAGACCUCACAGGAAGAGGAAAUCGCUGGUGGUUGAAUGAUCCCUCGGCCUUUCCAGCUUCUUUGCCAAAUAACAACACAGCAAGCAGUCACCAUCGACAAAAGAGAUCAAUAAGCCUGGAACGCUUUGUGGAAACUCUUGUAGUGGCAGACAAAAUGAUGGUGGGAUACCACGGCCGCAAGGAUAUUGAACAUUACAUCUUGUCUGUAAUGAAUAUUGUUGCCAAACUUUACCGUGAUUCCAGUCUUGGAAAUGUUGUGAACAUAAUUGUGACUCGUCUGAUCGUUCUUACGGAAGAUCAGCCAAACUUGGAGAUAAAUCAUCAUGCAGACAAGUCCCUGGACAGCUUUUGUAAGUGGCAAAAAUCCAUUCUUUCUCACCAAAAUGAUGGAAACACCAUUCCAGAAAAUGGGAUUGCUCAUCACGAUAAUGCUGUUUUAAUAACUAGAUAUGACAUCUGCACCUAUAAAAACAAGCCUUGUGGAACUCUGGGCUUGGCCUCUGUGGCUGGAAUGUGCGAGCCCGAGCGAAGCUGCAGCAUCAAUGAAGACAUUGGCUUGGGUUCAGCAUUCACAAUUGCACAUGAGAUUGGUCACAAUUUUGGUAUGAACCAUGAUGGAAUUGGAAACUCCUGUGGGACGAAAGGUCAUGAAGCAGCAAAGCUCAUGGCGGCUCACAUUACUGCCAACACCAAUCCAUUCUCCUGGUCUGCGUGCAGCAGGGAUUAUAUCACCAGCUUUUUGGAUUCUGGACGUGGAACUUGCCUGGACAAUGAGCCACCGAAGCGUGAUUUUCUUUAUCCAACUGUAGCACCGGGCCAGGUGUAUGAUGCUGACGAACAGUGUCGGUUCCAGUAUGGCACCACUUCACGCCAAUGCAAAUAUGGGUAUCGGGUUUAUUUAAUCCCUGUGUUCAAGUCAAAGAGGUUUUUCAGGCCUAGGUCACUGGAAAUAACUGCAAAUUCAUUGAUGGCUGUCAGUACGACUAUAAAUAUUCGUGUAAAGUUUGAGAUGCUGCAGACAGACAGUGCAGUGGUCUUCAUGGUGUUGUAA